AUGAAGAAUCCCAACUUCAGUUGGCCUUUACCCAGCGCUGUAGCUGAUUUGCCAAAACGUCCAUAUGGGUUGCAUCCACCAAUCUCGUUUCGAGAACCAGACUUGAGCCUGGCGAAUUCCAGUGACUCGACAUUAGCUCGAGGAACUCCGCGUGCGGCUGCCUCCCCAUCACCAUGUUCAAUCGAGUCGGCAACGUCUAUCGAAUCGCAGUUUCAUACUCCGGAAGAAUCCGUUUGGGGCGAUAUAAGGCAGGAGGAACCGAAACUGAGGUGGGAUGCAGAGGAAGAGCUGAAGAGAGUGUCCAAGGAGCUACUUCGGAUCCAGAAGUGGGCAUUGAUCACAGGACUCGUCAUCUUGAACGCUACCCUUAUUACCAUCAGUUUGAUAUUACCACAGGCAUCCUACUUGUUUCUCUUCCUGUUGAGCUGCAAUACCAUGCUGCAAGCGGGCAUGGUCUUAUGCAUCGUGGCGAACGUAAUAUGGACCAAAAUUAUCUGCGGCUGGAGAAAGAGAAAAUCAACAACCCCUACGGCGCCGGAAAAAAUGGUUCUUCUGCUUCCCUGUUACAAUGAAACCAAGGAGGAGAUAGCGCGCUCGCUGGACUCACUGGUUAACCAGAAGGGCAUCGAAGAUCAUCCGCGACUCAUUUUUAUUAUAGUCGAUGGGAAUGUCCGCGGCCCAGGCAUGGAAAAGACGACGCAGGAUUACUUCUUGCAAGACAUUCUAGAGCCGGGAACUUCGAAACACUUCGAAAAUGGUUAUCGCGCAAGAGACGGUUUGUUCAUGCCUGUCAAUACGCGGGUUGGCCAAUACAAGGGUAUCCCAUUUGUGUUUGUGGGCAAACGGUAUAAUCAAGGCAAGCGCGACAGUUUAUGCUUUGCCCGUUCGUUCCUGUAUCACUUCAAGAAGCGAUCGGGAAACGUUGUUACCAUGUUCAACAAGGAACUGUUUGAGUAUCUCGGCAACUGUCUCCUGGAAAACAACCUUGCAGAUGUGGACUACCUAGUUGGCAUGGACGCUGACACAGUCUUCGACGACUUUUGUGUUGUCGAAAUGGUGCGGGCAAUUCGGAAGAAUCCCAAUCUCAUCGGCGUUUGCGGCCAUGUGUGUGUCGACUUUGAUGGGAGGAACUUUGGCCUCUGGUCACUGUAUCAAUCUGUUGAGUAUUCCCAAACCCAAGGACUGAGAAGAAUGUUCCAGUCAAGAAUCACUGGCAAAGUGAAUUGCCUUCCAGGAUGCUGUCAGCUCAUCAAAGUGGAUGAGGCGACGUUUGGCGAUACAGUGCUUCGCGAGCGAUUUGGCUACUGUCCCAAGCCAAACGAUGCUAUGACGCAGCAAAUUAUGGGAAACUACUCCGAAGACAGCAUCCAUGCUUCCAUCAUCUUCAGCCUGUUUCCCAAGAAGCAAACCGCCCAGGCACUGCGCUCCAAAGCGUUCACCAUUGUCCCGCAAACGUGGAAAGUCUUUCUGUCGCAGAGAAAGCGGUGGGCGCUAGGCAGUAUCUCCAACGAGUUUGUCAUGAUCUUUCGGCCUGGGAUCAUCCUCGUUGAGCGAUUGCAGAGCAUUGUUGCAGUCAUGACAUGGGCCAUCACUCCGUUCAUCAUCUCGGCCGUGGCACAGCUAAUUGUGCUGUUUGUCAAAAAGGGUGCCAAGGUGUUUGACGACGCGGUGUUUGUGGGCUUGAUCAGUAUCCUCUGGAUUAGAUACCUAUACUCGUUUUGCAUUGGGUUCUGGCUGCCGAGGAAUAACUUAGAGAGACUUCAGUACUUUGUGGGAUUCUUCAUUCAUUUUAUGACGUCACCAUUUAUGAACAUAAUCAUCUUGGUGUAUUCGCUAUCGCUUUCAGAUGACUUUUCUUGGGGCAAGACUCGGCGCGUGAUUCCUGCUGAUGAAGAAAAGGGUGGACGGGGGGCGCAUUAA